AUGGCUAUAGAAAGACCUGACAGAAUCCCAGAGACGAAGUCUGAGUGGAAAGCAAGACACAAGCAACUUGCGCCAAAACCCCUACACCAGUGGGAGAACCUGCGAUCCGCUUCCGAGAUCACUGAGAAGCAAUUCCUCGGGCUCAGAGUUAUAUGGCCAACGAGAAGAAAGCGAGAGGACUUUGUAUUUCACCAUGCAUUGGAUGCUGAUGUCUCAAUGGCUGCACAAAUACUAGGGCAUUUUGAGGUGUUUCAAAACUUCAUCAAACAUAUCAAGGGCUAUCAUACAAGAAUCCAACACCGUGGUGAUUCAGCUGACAGACUAGAACUGGGUGUGUUUGCAAGCCCCCGAAGACAUCAGCUAGAGACGAUUCGCAGGGUCAAGGAUACGACCGACGAAGAGGGAGACACCGAAAUGCCAGACGAACCGGAACCACGAGAGCGUCCACAGCCUGGCCUCUACAAAGAAGAGACCGUAUCCACAAAGUCUGGCGAUACAGAGCGAAUGGAAAUUUCUCCGACGUUAAAUUACUCCCCCAGUAUGCAGGGUUCGAUGUAUGAGUGUGCGGAAGACAUGCCUGGCAAGAAAAAGGAAACCAUCGGCGAAAGCAUUGUCAACAACGCCGCAAUACAGCUCUUAGCUGCGAUUUGCGAGGUAACCGCCGACCCAGCUUGCGAGUUCCUUGACUACCGAGGGCCCUUUGAGAAGUUUGUAAGUAUUGGAAAUGUCUCCAUGGAAGCACGCGUCGACGGUGUAUUGCUGGGUCGCGAAAUUCCCGACAUCUUCGCCAUUUUCGAAGUCAAACCAAGAUACCGGAGGCGCAAAAGCAGUCCCAAAAUUCUCUGGCAGGAGUCCGCUGAGUUUGUGGCUUGGAUCAAUCAUGAUCUGAAGAAUAAGCGAGUCGUCGAAUGGCCAAUGCGCCUUUUGAUUGCCCAGGACCAUGAUGAAAUCUAUCUCUGUGUCGCGGAGUACGACGAGGGCUAUAUAGAGUUCCUCAAAGAAGGAGAUGACUCGACUGACAGUUUCUUAAGUAUCCAAGAAUAUGGCCCAUUCCACAUUCGCUCCGGAGACCAGAUGGAGAAACUGGCGAAUAUCAUAUAUGCCUAUUGUCAAGCCGUCACAGAUCACAUUAACAGUAUCAAAUCACAGACUGAGCCACUGACUUGA